AUGGCAAACCUCGUCGUUUUCUUGCUGAUGGCUCUCAGCAGCUUCAGCAAAACAAUCGCCUCCCCAUCACCGGCGGAAUACCCUCCCACGUGUGCCCAAAUCUCGCCCGGCCCUAUUCCGCUCCAGCAAAUCCCUUCUUACUUCCCACCCCGGAAAUUCAUCGACAUCGCUGCCACGGAAGCAAUCAAGCGGAGCCUCGCCAUCUACGCGCUCGCCGUCGACGGCAGAGACUGGGACGCACUCGACAACAUCUUCGCGGCGGACGCAGUCGCGAACUACUCUGCGCCCCUUGGAAUCCUGUCAGGACUCUCGACAAUCAAGUCCACGCUAUCCACCAGUCUCGUGCAAUUUACCGGGACGCAGCACGCCCUCGGCACGCAGAUUGUUGACGUUUGCGCCGCUGGCGCGGCAGUCUCACUCACGUACUACACUGCUACGCACUUUUUGAGCCCAUCUCAGAAUUCUACGACACUUGUGGAUGACGGCCAAGUUGUAUAUGCUUAUGGGCAGUAUCAAGAUACGUGGAAAAAGCAGGGAGAUGGCUCAUGGAAGAUUGUGUAUAGAAACUUGGUGUACAUGGGCCCAUUAGUCUCCGAUGUAUCUUAA